UCCUCAAUGGCAGCUCCAAUUCCUUCAUCCUGCGCGCUUCGCGCUCUCCGAUCAUCACUCCAGGCAAAUUCUCACCUACCGCAUACCUCGCACGCGUCCCGCCUGCAGAUCCGUCAUGCAACCCUCCUCAAGCGCCCGAAGAGACCAUACACUUUUACCCAAUUAAUCACACUUUCCGACGGGAGCACAUUCUUGCACCGCACGACCUCUCCGGUGCCCACAUAUAAGAGUACAAAAGAUAUCCGCAACACGCCACUGUGGAAUCCGAGUUCGCACAAGCUGUUGAAUGUAGAAGAAGACGAGGCUGGAAAGCUGGCAGCAUUUAGGACAAAAUUCGGAAGAGGCUGGGAUGCUGAUCAGGGCAAAGGAGACGCGAACCAGGACCAUCUUUUAGAUCUCAUAAGUGGACAGUCCCCUGAGACAGCCAAGUCAAAAGCGGCCAAAGCAGCAGCUGGAAAGCCUAUAUCAGCCUCAAAGACUGGUUCAAAAUAACU